AUGAUUACUGGGCGAAGCUUCUAUACAUAUCACCGGCCCGGCAAGUGGUCGAUGCCCGUAGCAACCGACCAUAACUGGACUUGCAUACUGGCUACGCACGGCGGUCCUCUUGAGGAGGAAGAAAGGACUCAGAUCGCUCUUCUCAUUCUUUUCGAUCAUCUAGGAGGCAAAGGAGCUUCGAUUCCAACACUAGUCGCAUAUCAAAAUGGCACCCCGCAGUUUUUUGGAGUAGAAGCGGCGGGAUAUAUCGGUGAUGAUGAUUAUGAAAUGGCCCAGUGGUUCAAGUUGCACCUGCAUCCGAGCUCUAUGAAAGAAUCAGAUUUGCCACCUCCAUUUGGCUCUACGACAGAUGUGAUGCCACAAAUUGAAAUCCCACCAUUGCCAACAAGUGUCAAUCUCUAUCAAUCAAAGACCAUGUUCAUAUUUUGUCAUCCAAAUGGAUGGGAUGUCUCGCAACAGGGGUUUCUUACUACUUGCGCUGUCCAAGCGUGUAUGUUGAAGAAUGAAGAAGCAAGUACUCGAGUGAGCUUUGUCACGGAAGGAGAGGCAUCCGUUCAUUAUGCACUUGCGUAUACUCCCUCCAAUUCAUGGCUAAAACGUGGAGAGAAAUUCCUGGUCGUAGAUGCGGGUGGGUCGACCAUCGACAGCAACUUUUACGAAUGUAGCUCUAUAGCGCCUUUGAAGCUAAAGGAAGUCGGUGGUGUAUUUGUGGAUCGCGCGGCAAGAAAACUAUUGGAGAGAAAGCUCACCACUUCGGCCAAGUACAACUCUGAGGAAAUAAUCAGCGAGAUGACAAGUAUAUUCGAGCAAAAGACCAAACGACUCUUUGGUGGCUCUCUCCCCUCUAACAUUAUUCACUUUGGCAGGAAUAGCGAUAAUGAUCGUGAACACAGUAUCCUUAAGGGAAAGCUUACCUUAACUAAUGAGGAGAUAUCAAGUACAUUCGAGGAGUCAAUUGCAAGGACAGUCCAGAGCUGCAUGAAGAUCCUUGGGAACCAAAGGACUCGUUUUGGAGAAUCUCCUCAUCUCCGGACGAGGAUAACCGACGAGUUUCGCCCUUUAGGGACCGAAGUGAUUGUUGUGGAUCAACCAUCGGAAGGCGCUAUCAUAUGGAAUUUGAAAAGAGCUGUUGCGUUGCGAGUUUCCAGGCUUACACUCGGUAUAAAGAUGGAUACGGUCUAUAAUCACGACCUACAGGAGCACAGAGAUC